ACCAAACCUAAGAAAAAAUGUCUAAACUAAACAAGUCGGAAAAACGAACCCGGCAAAGGGGCAAGAACUUUUCGCCAUCCGAGGAGGAUAUGCUACUCAGUCUGCUGAAGCCCUACAAACCCAUUAUCGAUAACAAAAAAUCCGACGCUUUGACCUGCCAGAUGAAGAAGGAUGCCUGGGAGCAGUUGGCCCAGGAGUUCAACGACCAAACCGGCAUGCACCGCUCUUGGCGGACCCUCAAGGACAAGUACAAGAAUAUGAAUACCAAGAUAAAGACGGAGGGCAAACGGUUGGUUGAUCACUCCAUCAGUCAGUUGGAAGACUUUGAACUAUCAGCCAGUAGUUGUGUGUCGGUAGUGUAUGAGGAGGUCGGAGAGGUGCAUGAGGAGCAGGAGAAGGAGACUAAUAAAUGUAUUGAAGAACCAAUGGAUGUUAAACCCGAAAAUAAUGAAGAGAAUCCUUGCCAGGAGGACGUUCCGAUUGAAUUUCCAAAGGCUAACCAAUCUCCGCCUUCACCAGAUAUUUCGCCGUCCAACAACAGCGAGCGUUCACUGGAGGCUAAUAGAAUUGAGCUUUUUCGUCUCCAGCAGAGAUUCUAUAACAAUGAGAACAAGAGACAUUGCUUGGAGCUAAAGAAUCUUAAGCUGAAAAAACAAAUUUUGGAACUUGAACUUGAGGAGCAUCAGCGUAAGCGCAUGAAGUUCAUCAAAGAAAGCACAACAAGUUGAUGGCACUCGACCUCGA